CUCUCGCGCGAGUCGGAUGUCGGGUGACUUGCGUCAAGCUCGCCCAUCGUUUACGUGCCGUUUCCCACCUCCGAAACGAACGAUAGUGAUCGCGGUAGCGAGAGGAGCACCGGAACGUGGAAAGAGAAACGCGACGCGUGGUGCCCUUCGCGUUUAAUCCCGUCGCGAUAUUUGGUCUCCGUUCCCGGAACGUGUUUUCACCCUCCGAGGCGACGUUUCGAUCCACGACCUGGACGAGACACGCGAGUGUGCGAUCGUUCCUUGACACGGAUGCCGUGAUGCUGCACGGACGUGGACCGUCGAGGUCGCUCGACAUCGUCUUGAUCGUUUCCUCCUGACAGUAUGAGCCCCGUGCCAUCGUCCUCGCCGCUCCGAUGAGAUAGACUGGUGUUUCGCUCCUGGGACGAUGACGUCGCAGUGAUACCUGCUACGCGACAACCCUGAAGAUCGGCUUCUACUUCUCUCUGCAAUUAACACCUCUCGAUGUGGAUGGAUUACGUCGCGGACAACCGGCUGCGUGUUGAUACGACGCGAACAGUGUGCCCGCAACGCGUACAGUGAGUGAUAAUAGCGGAUACAGUGGACGGUGGUUAACUACGUAACACGUGUGACAGUUUGCCCAUUCCGCGCGAUUGUAUCGUACCUGGGUGUCGGUCACCGAAGACGGUAGGCUCGGACGUGACCUGUAAUACACACAUGUGUAUCGCGGAUUAUACGUAUAUCGUCUGGCGUGCCGGUGUCUGGCUGCUGGUUCAACAACCCCGAUCGUGGCUCGUUGAGCAAUGUUGAUGUAGUGUGUGGUUUUUCACGUUGUAUUCCAGUGACGAUAUGCUCGGAUCCCUCGGCGCGACAACCAUGGAUUUUACUACUGAUGACGCGAUUCCUGCGACGCGACGACGACGCGCCUCGUCCAGGGGCAACGAGGGUCCUGCGAGCAGAUUGAGACGACACACGACUACCAGAUGUACACGCUUCGGGGAUGUGAACUGCGGACGCAUCAUACAUAUUACGGGGACAAAAAUCGCGGGACGAUCUACACUGUCCAUAAUCUGGCUAUCGUUACUGCUGACGCUAGGAACGAGGGCAACGUCGUCGGCGAACGCGAACAUGACGAACGUGUCACCGCUCGCCUCGACGUUGAAGCCGAUCACGACCACGGAAGUAGUCUAUCAGCGAUUCGCUAUCGAGCCGAUGGAUCAGACCGCGGUGAUUGGCAGCCGGGUGACGCUUCCUUGCCGGGUCCUCGAUCAGAAAGGACCUAUUCAAUGGACAAAGGACGACUUCGGCCUUGGCGCGGUCAGGAAUCUCACAGGGUACGAGCGGUACGCCAUGAUUGGCAGCGACGAGGAAGGUGAUUUCUCGUUGCACAUCUAUCCGGUGGAGCUCGAGGACGACGGCACUUACCAGUGCCAGGCAUCGCCGACGAACGACGGCCAGCCGGCGCUGCGCUCGAGAUUCGCGAAGCUGAGCGUGCUGGUUCCGCCUCAGAAACCGAAGAUCCUUCAGGGCGACUUCCUUAUCACAACCGAGGACCGGGAAUUGGUGAUCGAGUGCGUCAGCGUGGCUGGCAAACCGCCUGCGGAGAUCACGUGGAUCGACGGCCUGGGAAAUGUGUUGCACAGAGGCAUCAAGACGACGAAGGAACUGUUCGACGACGGUCCACUGUACACCGUGAAGUCGGUGCUGAGGGUGAUGCCGCGAAAGGACCACGACAACACGACGUUCACGUGCCAAAGUCAGAACGCGGCCGAUCGCACGCCGCAGAACGCGAAAUUGCGCGUUGAGGUCCGGUACGCGCCGAAAGUAUCUCUGAGAAUCCGUUCGGGCCAGGGCAAGAACGGCCGAAUCGUCGAGGGUAGCGAGCUGCGGUUUAAAUGCCGUGCCGAAGCGAAUCCGCCGAACGUCGAGUACAGGUGGUUCAUCAACGAGAAGAAGGUGAUCGGCGACUACACCACGGAAAUGAUCAUUCACAACGCGACCCGCGAUCUUCACGACGCGAUAGUCAAGUGCGAGGUGCAUAACGACGUUGGGAAGAGCGAGGACACCGAGACCCUCGACAUAACAUACGGACCACAGUUCCGACACCCGCCAGUCUCCGUGGAGACACAAUACGGCGCGACGGAAAUCUUGCAGUGCGACGUCGACGGGAACCCGUCGCCGGAGAUCCGUUGGUACCACGAGGACUCGGAACGACAGGUCGCCAGCACGCCGAAUAUCAGCGUGGUGGUGAACCACGAGACCGCCGGAAGGUACAUCUGUAAAGGUCACGUACCUGGUUUCCCGGAGCUGACCGGAUACGCGAACAUCUACAUCCGGGCGCCGCCGAGCAUCGUGUCGCAGAGGGUGCAAUACGUGCCAGACGAGGGCGUCGUUAAGGUGAAGUGUACCGCGAUAUCUGUGCCAAAAGCGGACUCGGUGGUAUGGAGCUUCGCCGGUCGCGAGCUUAAUUUCUCGUCGAACAAUACGCCGUUCUACGUGCAGGAGGAAUACACUGGCGAGAGGGUCGUCAGCACUGUCACGUUGCUCGAUCCCAUAUCCACGUACUUCGGGGAUUACAACUGCACGGUCACGAAUAGCUUCGGCACGGAUUCCGUCAUAAUCAAGCUGACGGCACACACGUUGAUUCCAGUCGAUUGGCAGCUAAUUCUCAUCGUCGGCGGACUGGUCGUCUGCGUGAUCCUGAUUGGCGUGAUCAUUAUACUUAUUCUGCAGUGCCGCGACCGCAUCAAACAGCCACGGCCGAGGACUGCCCAGACCCAGGAGACUAAUAUGCAAGAAACAGAUUUGAACGCGGAUCAAUAUCGAGAGAGCGACAGAAGCAGCAACCUCUCCGAUGUCAAAGCGGAUAUACGAGCAGGAUCGAGUGUCAGCAACGCGGAAAGCGUGACAGCGCUUGACAGCGAGGGCGAAGGAAGCACGAGAGGUGUUAACGCUUUGGCGCUAGCAGGACCCGUGCCGAAUCCCCUGGGUUAUCGUUAUAGCGCUGAUUACACGGAACCUUCGUUCCCGCCGAAAAACAACGACGGCAGUAACAAUAAUGGUUACGUGCCGUACGUAGACUACACCCGCGACUAUAUGCCACCCACGACGCAAGGAGUGGGCGCGUCGCGAGAAUCCUUAAGCAGGAUACCGUCGGGCGGGAUACUAGCCUCGAAGAAGAUCGGCCUGAGUUCCGCGAAUUUGGGCACGACCACCCCGCAAACCACCCCCGCAAUCGACCCACGUUUCUCCGCAACGUAUGGAAAUCCCUACCUCAGAAUGUCAGCAGCGGAACAACUGAGACACGCGCCGCACACAGCCGUGCCGGGAGUGACGCCGGCACCACCGCCCUACACGCAAGCAAUGAGAAUGAAUAGCUUGAAUACCUUGAACGGCGCUGGACCGCAGGCUCCACUCUCAGCGCAUUACAUCACAGGGGGCCCAAACGGUGGUGUGGCAACGGUAAAACGCACUUCGGCGGUCGGGACGUUAGCGACGCAUGUAUGAGGCCAGGAGGUCUAUCCGAACUAGAACCAUCGACGUUCGGGCCUAACUAGCACCGCCUUCAAACACCAUCGAGCCGUCGGAGGCAGCCGGCACUCGAGGUCGCUCUCGAGUUCGAGCGCUUUCGGGCAAGAUGAAAUGUUCCUCGCGGAAACUCCAGCGAAGAGCAGUCGUUAUCGGAGCUACCACGAUAUCGCAUCAUUGGGGAGUCGUGAUGCUACUCAAGUUUCCACCGCGAUCGCACGAGUAACGGACGUCGAACGAUUGUUGAGGGAAGCAAAGUCGUUCCGAGCAAAGGGACGAGCGCAACGGAUGACCGAAAACGGCGAGACGCUGAAGCACAUCGAGAUGGUGUUGCGACAAUUACGCGCAGCCAGCAGGGAUCAUCGCCAUCUCGUGGAGCAACAGCAUCAUCAAGCUCCGCAUUCGUUCCCCGCGUCUUCGGACGAGUCGCAUCCCUAAAGUUUCCCGAUUUCGCGCGGGCAAAGUGUCUUCGAAGGAUAGUGGAUCUUGUCCUCGAUUCUCCGGAGAUAACCUAAAAGCCGCGAGAAGUUGGAACGAGCGAAGAUCUACUCUAAUGUCCCAGGAACGCGACGACAAAACUGUCGGCGAAGAGGAAGACGUAGACCAAAAGUGUUCACUUUUUUUGGAAACGGGGUCCGAGAAGAUCUGCCAUGGAAUCAGCGUGGUCAACCGACAAGGUCUCCGCGAUACGUUCCUGUGUACAAAGGAAUUGACGCCAAAGUUAUUCGAUGAAAAACCGCUGAGCGCUAAGGAACAUCAACAGAUUUCAUCCGAGUACAUGUGAACGCGUGUGACGCGUCGAGUCGAUCGAGUCCUGCAAGAAGAACCGUCACUUGCAUCUGUAAACGGCUCGUCCGAUAUGGGAAAGAUCGGGCGGCGAACGCGAUUGUUCGACUUCGAGGAAUAAUGCGGACGAGAACAACCAUUAAGUAAUGACGAACAAGAGUUGUAAACCGGUCGAACUUGUCGGAAGGUAUCGAUCAGACUGGCAUCGGACGAUAUAUUCCAUCUAAGAAGACUGAACGGGGUGUAAGAAGGUUCGAUCGUCGACUCGGGCGCGCAGUGUAUUUUUCUUCUUUCGUCUAAAAUAGUCGAGUUUAUACAUCGAAGAAACCGGUUUUGGACGGAACGGUGUCAUCACGAAGGCGAAGCGACACGCGAUGAUGAAGAAAGGAAGAAAGAUGUGGUGGUGAUUCAGGGAGUUUACGAGGUACGAAGGACGGUGGUUAGGUUCGUAAGUCGAAGGUGCUCUUCGGAACGAGAAUAGACCACUCGGUAUCGACAAUCUUUUUAUUCGCAUACUUUAUAGAUCUCGAUAAGCAUUUAACGUUCAUUCGGAACGUAAACGGGAAAAAAAUUAUAAUGAGAAUCGAAUCUCAUCGCAGGUCGUUGUGAUCGUAGUAGCAGUCUCUUUGAAAAGUGAUAGUGUCGCGUCGAAUAAAGCUAGCGUCGACGGAUAUUUCGCUUUUUGUGAUACGUAGACGGAUGUCCCGGUUGAGAUAGCGGAUCGAUUACGAGGAAAAUCAGGGCAACGUCUCGGCUGCUACUGCGGCGUUACUGCGUCGCGCUGCCUUUUUUUUAUUUGUUAGAUCUCGCGCUGAGUACUCGCGAAUAAACGCACUAAACGAGAGGGUACGGCACACCCGACGAUCGCGCGGCUUGUUUGACAAGAUCGAUCACGGUUCCGUGUCUCCUCCCGGCCUAGGAAUUUUCGCACGCCACGUCUCCGAGGCGAUCGACAAAUUCCACGGGCCGAACAUUGUAAAAUAGAUAGCUAAAAUGAUUAGGUAUACAUAUAAAUAUAUUAUACUCCUGUUGUCAAUACGAAUAUAGGGCCUAUAGUUUGGCGGCGCUACGAGAGCAGAAGUCUAUUGAAAUAAGCUCGUUCGCGGGUGGAACAGCUUCGUGUAAAUAACGUAUAAUGAUAUUAAUAGAGGAGGAGAGGAAGCAACGUAUUAGAUGUAUAAAAUUGGUCGCGCGUUUCGCAUCGAGGGAAAAGUAUGGAGCGCGACUUUAAAAAGAAUGAGGAUAGAGAAGGACGAUAAUUCUUCGCUUAAUUACGCUCGUCAUUAUAUUAAUCUCUUUUUUCCUCGAAAAUAUAUAGGUUCGUUUUUCCAUUCGUUUGCUAUCGUAGAUCAUCAGGCGAGGACGUGGAGGACAGGUGUAUGGCGUCGUCGGUUCCUCCUCGCCGAUGAUCUACGAUAAAGCUUCGAGUUUAAAGAGAGAAUAUGGAACUUAACCGAUUCACGUCGCGAUAACAUGUACAGCGAGCAUAAUACCAUUGAUAACGAAACAGGGUAGCCUAUCAAUUAUUAAAAACGAAUUUGAAAGAGAAGGCUGCACACUACGAACUUGGCCCCAUACUCCCGUGGCGCGUCGGUGAUAAGUGGAAUUUAAAAGAGAAAAAGAAAAGGCUCGGGCAAACAUGUCGGCGACGACGAAAGGAUUAAAUGAAUCUUAACGAACGGUCGACGGUACAAUCGUCGCGCGUUCAGAGCUAGGAGAACGAAUAUACAUUUGUAUUGUCGAGAAAGAGAUAUCUUUAUAUUGAGACGUCUGUAACAUAAUUUCUGUACAUAACUGGAAUUAUUGCUCACCGUAUCUCGUAAGAUUUAGUUAGUUUUGUAACUGUGAAAAAAAAGAACAUGAGAAAAGAUAAUACUAUGUGCAUAUCCGACUCUGCGCCGCGCCGGGCAGCUUCACGGCGGACAGUCCACGCCGGAGGUACACGCCCCAUCGUCGUAGAUUAAAAAUGAACAAAAAAAAAAAUCAGUAUUCAUAACGUAAACGUAACUUUCUUCCUAUCGAGCAUGCACAUUCCGCGAUCGGCCGCGAUCGCGUGCGCGGUUCAUCGUUAGAAGAAUCAGUUCCUCUGUUCGCGCUCGAAUCAGUUCGUUGCGACGCGGAGAACGCCGUUCCGAUUGGACGGGAUUAUACAAUUUAGUAUUAUCGUACUUCGUAAGCAUCUCCCAUUCUCGCGCGGUUCGACGCGUUCUCCUCGCCGCGCGACUCAUAGACCAACCACGUCGACGAGGCAUACGGUUCCGGACAAGGGAAAUGUCCGCCGGAAGCGCAGCUUACUGUACAUCAAUCAUUCUGUACAAUGUUCAUCCUGAUGUUACUGUUAACUAUUUAAAAGUGCGGGUGCGUGGAAUGCGUGAAUGAGCACGAGCGAAUGCGAGAGCGUGGGAGAGAAUUUUUUGAGGUUUUCAUUCAACGCGUGCAGAGAACGAAGUCCUAAGCGCGGACGCCCGUGCGAGAGGAUUCGAAUUCGCGGCACGCGCGUUCGCGUCCACGAUCGCACAUACGUCACGUGUAAUUGUAUAAAAUGCUUGGUGGAAUUUCGAAUUGUACAGAUUUUACAGUGGUGGAAGGCGAAAAUCACGUGGAAACGGCACGACGAAGCUCGCGUUCCGAGAGCGGAUCCGUAAAAAUUAAAUAAACAAUGUUCACUGGCCAUGCUGAACAAAAAAAAGAGAGAGAGAGAAAGAGAUCUAUACAUGCGGACAUACAUGAUGACAUGAUUUCUAUUAUAUAUAUAUAACAAAGAACUGUAGGUUAACGAAGUAUACUGCGGGAAGUAAUUACAAUCAAUGUACUGGAUGGUCCGAGGCGAUGUUAAAAUUAGAAAAGUUUAUGUCGUUUGAAACCUUAGAAAUUUACGCCUUCUUGCCGCGGGGCCAUCCUAUACGUAUUAAUUGGUUAUCUGUCAAUUAUUAAUUAAAUUGUAUAUCGAUUUCUUCGCAAUUUAGUCAAGGAAAGGGACGAGGUGGCCGCACGCAGAGUUUCCUCUCCUUCCGUUCACCGAUCGAUUCCGUCGUGCGAGUUGAACGCGCCCGAGAAAUAUUCGCGACCCUCUUCCUCGCGAACCCUCCCGCUCACCCAUUCUGAAAGGCAGUUCGCGGGGAAGAGCACGACCGAUGACUCUUCGAAUAGUUUAUUUUUCUAUAGUGCAAUUAUUUCGUUCAGUGCAAUUUCCAGCGUCGUUGAUUUUCAUCGAAAGUUCAGCCGCGUGAACUCGCGCCCUCGCAAGAUAUUCAUUUCGGCGAGAAAACUUUGCGCCCGGCCCAGUCAUACGCUGCGUGUUUUUGUAAAAGCGCGAAAUCCUCUUGAAGAACGACGCGUCGUUCGUUAAACGAAAGCGAAGAAGACGAGAGCGGGGAGGAAGAAAGAUUAUUGCCUAAAACAAAUUGGUUGAGCGAGGGAAGAAUUUUUCAAAUUUGUUGAUACAUUUCAUACUUUACGAUUAGGAAUUAUGGCCUAUUACUAACUAUUUCGCAAAGUUUAUCUGGCGGCUCGAUCGUUUUUCUCGUAUUAUUUAUCGCGAACACGUUGACGACGCAGCUGCGGUGGUUUGCUCCAGACACCGUGGGACAGGAGGUGAAAAGUGAACAGCAUUUCGAUUCAACGGGUUGUGCCAUACUAUUAUUCAUCGUGUAAAUAACGCAUUCACGCAUUCGGGUUUGAUUGUGGGAACGCGGGAAAUGAAUGAGAAGAUGUAACAAAAAGCUAUCGAUCGUACGUACGUUACGUAAAUACGUAACGGGGAAUCGUGAAUUUCACCGCGUGCGGAUAGUUCGAUAACGUGCGCAUGCCUUAAAAACGACCGAGCCGUCUGCCCACACAUUUUGUGAAACGGGAAGUGACUUUUUAGGAAAUGAACACUUUUUCGCGCGCUAUCCAUUGGAAACUGCGUUAAGCAUGUCGCAUCGAUUAUUAUGCCGAGUAUAUGGAAGGAAUGAACGAGGGCAAAAGUAAGAGAACUAUUUCGAAUUCGACUGAGCGACAUUAUAGGAGAUACGAUAUAUAUCCCCAUAUUUUUCUUGAUGUUAAGCUUUUUUCUCAGAAACGCGUUACGCGGCGUGCAAGCCUGCGAGAAGGAAUUCAAGCGAAUCGUUGCGAAUCUUUCAAAUUAUCGGCGUAUCGUUUGUAUAGUAAUAGCGGGGAGAGUCCGAUGAACUGCGGUCAUUGUUAUCGCGCGAGUAUCGUAAAGGUGGUAGAAAAGGGAACGGGAUGAUCGCUCUGAACCGCGCUUCGGAUUCAGAACGACCGUCCGUUCAACUCAGCUCGUGAUUUCAGCGAAACGACAUUUCUUUUUACUUCUAAUUAACGGCCACCUCUCGGUCAUGUUGUUUGUACGAAAGUGAGAGGUGAAUAUCGAUGAUUUAGGAUUGGAUCUGGAAAGUCUGUUACGUUUUUACACAAAGUAAAAUGGAACUUUUUCAAGGUACACCGUGUGUAGUAAUCUCGACCAAUAACUUUGAUAUGAAUGCGCCAGGAAUUUAUUCGAAUUUUCGUACAUCUUGAACGACAACGCUUGGGAACAAUUUAACGAAAGCGCACUCGUCUCACGUUCGCCCACAGUACUAUAGUGAAUCAUUGUGAAGUAGAUAAAUUUUCGUCGACGUUUCGAUAUCGACGCAUCCUCGAAAGUUUCAUAUUUUACAAAAUACGAUAUAGACUGUCGCUCGUAUGUUAAACACGAGAAAGAAAGAAAAAAAAAGACUGUAACCGACGAACUUGUUGAAAUCGUAUCGAACGACCGCGAUUCGUGGUAAAUCCGUAUAGUGGGAAGAGGUCGGUGCACGAGUCGCGUGACUCGGUUCGGAACAAUCUCUCAUACGGAACGGGAAAUGGGAGAAAAAAAGGACACGACAGAAUAGCCUAUGGUGAUAAUUAAGAACGUUCGCAAUAUCUGUAGAAAGAUCAUGUUACGACGAACACGUUAUUACCAUUAGUUUUCUGUCGUCCGUUCCUCUUUUCACUUUGGCUCAGUUCAUUAUUCAAAUAACGCUCGUUCCCUGUUCUGAUACUCCCUACGAUCCCUACCGUACGCGUGCAUAUACAUGUACGUGCAUGUGAUUCGUCUGCGACGUAUACAAUUACGAAAUGAAAUUUCAAUUAAGGAACGGAGGUGCGACAACAAGGUCCUUGUAAUGCCAGCCGACUUGUUAAUAAAACGCGGAGCGAAAGUUGAAAAAGCACACGCCGUGGAGAAUUACUCUUCACAACCACAAUGACCAAUUACCGUGGUAAUGCGUGCGCUAAUUACGGGAAACGAUUGGCGAGGUACAGCCAAAAAAGUACGUCAAUAGCAACGGCGCGCAACGCUGGAUAUGUCGCGAAAACUCACGAGCCGUUAACGUCGUGAAAAAUAAAUGUAUUCCACUGAACUCGCUGUACAAGGAACACGCAGGAAACUCCCGUAAUGCGACUAAACACAAGAACUUUUGUUGCGAGCCACCGUUACGUUCCCGGACACUGUACCGCCGCAUAGUAGGAUUGGCAAACUUCGCGAGCCGAAUCGGUGCGCAACGGAUGGAGCUCGCCGAAACGCUAUUUCCUGUUGCAAUCCAUCUACCACCCCGUCGUUUGAUAACGAGUUUUUAUCGAUCCGUUCACGGGCAUUCGGUAAACGCGACACGCAGAAACCUUUUUCUAACUGGACUUAAUAGCGAGUCGGUUUCGAUUCGAAUUUAACUGGUAAUUCAUUAGAUGAGAAAACGAACUGAGUUUACGUCGCGUAGUCGUGUGCGUCUUACAAACCGAUACUCGGUACGUCGAUGUUUCGUCAACGAAUCGGUCAAUAUCCUUCGACGAAGCGAGAUAAGACAGAAGUGCGCCAAGUGGACUAUAUAGGAUUAAUUAAAUCAUUCUAGGAAUGGAAGGAAGGAGAAUAAACGCGGUGUAAAUAUUUCGGAACGCUAGAGAUUUGACUAUGAACAGCGAAUCAUCCUCUUUAGUGUACAUUAUUACUUUGUAUCAUAAUACCCUAACGAACGUUUAGCUAGACACUUCUUUGAGAUUUCCUCGUGAAGAGCAAAGGGAAGGAAGAAGAGAAUCGCCUAUUCUGGGUUUUAUGUCGAUCUUUCUACAGCGCAGCCCGAUUUAGAAUUGACUCGCCGCGAACACGAUAGAGAAACCGGGCAAAACGAUAAUCGUAACAGUCUCAAUUUUAGCGAUCUUUUCUCUGAGACACUUGAGUCAUAUGAACACACUUGACGCACAUAGAAAUCGUUAUGCUCUACACAUUAACAGUUAAUCGCGAAUUGUGUCAAUUUAUAGAAAACGAUACAUUUUUUAUAUCCUCGCGUCGAAAGGAAUAUGAAAGGAGCAAUCAGGAAUUUUAUAUAAUAAUCUCCGUAUUGGUUGAAUCGCGAUUUGAUCUCGAAAUUCCUCGCAUGUACCUGUAGCUGUCUAAAGUUCGGGGGCGGAAACAGAGUCAAUUGGAGAGACCGCGCACCGUUCGCACAAGAUCUUCCGUUUAGCGAGAAACAAUUUUUUAGAAAGAGCAAUUUAGGGUAUAAGAAAGACGAACACAGAUUUUUCCCGAGCAACGUAACGCAAGACACCACCAAGUCUAACUCUUCGAUAUCGACAGUGUGCCAAUUGAAAAUCUUUUAUUCCGAGUUUAACUACAUACGUGUCCGUCGCGUUUUUCUUUCACUCAUUUCAUACGCGCGCGGUAGAUAUAAUUAUAAGGAUGUGUAAGUACAAAGGAACGAGAAAGAGGAGUGAAUGAGAAGAAGCUUAUGAAUUUUCAAUGUCCUUCGCGUCGCAGUAGUCGAUGAACGCUUGUCCUUACACCGUGUUUUGAUGUAAAAUGAGCUUUGGAAUUUGUAGGCCUUUUGCCUGAACCCACGCCCUCGCCUCCCACUGUCCUUGCUAAACUUCGCCUUUUAAUCUGGUCCCGUGCGCUUUUUCAGUUGUUCUUUCAUUACGUAGGACUAAAUUUUACGAGACGGGAAACGUUCCUUUUCUUUAUUUCUUGCUGCGAGAAUAAGAACAAGAAAAGAGAAAAGAAACGGUCAGACCAAAGAGAUGUUUAUUUUAAUGUUGUGUAUAUUUUAAUUGAGUUUAUAUCGUAUAAAUUGAUAAUGCAUUUUUCUGUGCGUUACACCGAGUGCUUUAAUUAAUCAUUCUUUUUUUUAUAUCAUUUUUAGUAUAAGUUAUAUAUUCUUAUAGAAAUAUAUAUGUAUAUUGGCAUGUUUUAUUUUAUGAUAAGUAUCUAUUGUCUGGUAUCAUAAUCAUCGCGAUCGAUCGGCGCAAACAUCUUUUACACGUAAGAUGUAAAUUUCAUUUACGACUAAUCAUUCAUUAGGAUUCAUAUAACAACACGAUUCUUCUUAUUAUAAUUAAUUAUUUAUAGUUAAUUAAUUUACGUACUACAUAAUUUUUAAGCAGCCAGUGCCGUUUAUUUUAUACUUCGGAUAGAGUGUAAUGUAUAUCACUGCUGUUAUCAUAUUUUAUUAAAUCUUUGCCAUAUAAUAGACCCCGCAGUCUCACGUUUUCACCCUUUCCGUUCGUUCAUUUUGCCUACGUUGCAAUUAUAUCCUUUCCAUCUUCCCUCUUCUUAUUAUGUUUAAAGCAAAACAGUUGAACAGAAAGAAUGCGACGAUGACAGCAAAGGAUGAAAGGUUCUUGACGCAUGUAAAAAUGAAAGGAGCGCGUGGAGUGGACGCGUUGAAAAAUGCAGAAAUCGUUUCGCAGAAGAGACACGUGCAAUGUAUCGAGUGAUUUCGCACGUUUCUCACUGUACGCAUGUCUCAAAGCCGCGUGCGUCGAGGCAUACCUACUGCCUCGUCGCAACCCGCUUAAAUGCACUUGGGCACGCAUAUCCCCUCGCGAGCGUCGUCUUUCGUAAUCUUUCAGCCGCCCUCGCGCAGAAGACAAGAGCGAGCGAACUUUCACGCUUCGUUCGGCAAUUCUCUCUGGACGGUAAUAAGUCGUUCGCGUCACGCAAACCCGGGGUGUUCUCUUCGUUUUCCUCGUUCCCUCGGAGAUGCAACUUCUUAUCCUUCUGUCUAGCGUGACGGCAACUGAUUUCUCGAUACGAUUGUAAAUGUUUGAACUGAGGUAUCGAGAUAGAUUCCGGACUUCGCAGCUCGUGCACGAGAUUUAGCCCGUUUAUUUAGGAAAUUCGCGCGACUCGACGUCGCAAUUGAAGACACGGCUGCGGGACCCGGAACCAUUACUUCUUCCGUUACUUCCUUGUAUUGUCGGUGACUUUUGUCCUAGCCGGGUGGGGUCCGACUUCGGGCAAAAAUCGAGGGAAAUAAUAUAUAGAUUAUUUCACAUAUAGCAUACAGUUGAAUAAACUGUAAAACAAAAGCAAUGAAAGAAAAUAAUGCUAUUUUUAUAUGUUGCAUCGUCUGCCGUGGUGACCUAUAGUUGUACGAACAGUACUUGAGUUAACAAUCCUUUUUCAUUCGUAGUUUCGAUUCGGCAAUUUCUUAUAACAAUCCGCGUUUCUUUCCUCCAGUUUUCCAGAAUCGCGAACCAUAAGUCGUGUUCGGGUAUUAUUCACUAGAAAACGCAGUUUUCUUCAGUCCAAUCGCGAUUUGAACGAUAAUAUUUUUUUACUCUUUAUAAACGAAGUUUAACGUUCGUUUGAAUGAUGUUAAAAAUUGUGAGAAGCAUUCUCGUAUAAGUUGACGAGGGAUGUCCCAAAUAAAUAAAUAAAUAUCAUCACGUUAGCAGCUUAGAAAUAAACGACAAGGAAUAUUUCUGAAGACGAUCCAAAGGAUGCUCUUGCUCACAAUUGAUCUAGAUUACUACAUUAAGAUUUACUAUUAUUGUAUUAUUAUUACUAUAUCUACAUUCCUUUUAAGAAUCUACCACUAUUACUUUACGAAACCAUCUGUAAAUAAGUAUUUUGUAUUCCUGCAAGAAUAAAAUUACGAAUUGAAAUUGAAAA